ACAUCAGUGCCCAGCCCACAACUGCCCAUUAAUCUUUACGACUUCACCCAAAAAAGAAAAGAAAGAAAAAGGAAAACAAUAAAUAAGAAAAAUGGAUAUGAGGGUUUAAGAAAGAGAAAAGGGGGAAUGCUAAAAACUCUAUAACCGGUGACAACAAGAAGAAGAAGAAGCAGUAGCAGCCAAGUGAUAGUGAGCCAUGGUCUCUGCAGCCACCUGGAUCCGAUACGUUGUCAGCAAACUUGAAUACUCCGCCUCUGUUGGCUGGAAGAACUACAAAGGAGGUCAAAUUACAGAUAGAGAAUUAGGUGAUACCAUAUGGAAGAAUUUCUUUCAGGGUAAAUUGACAUUUAUGCACUUUAACAAAGGAGAGGAGAUGGCACCAACACUCGGAGCUCAGGGCGGCACACUUCUUGUUCGGAAGAUACCUUGGGUUGAUCCAACGAAAGUAUUUGUUGGGGAUGUUGUGGUUCUCAAGGACCCUGUAAAGUCAGAUGAUUAUCUUGUCCGUAGAUUGGCUGCCGUUGAAGGCUAUGAGAUGGUGUCCACUGAUGAAAAAGAUGAGCCUUUUGUCCUUGAAAAAGAUCAAUGUUGGGUGCUGGCUGACAAUGAAAAUGUGAAACCUAAGGUAUAUGAUCCUCGCAAUAGAUUGGCUUUCACCUCCAGAAUAAGAUAUCAUGCGACUGUAUUCUCUCAAAUCUUCUUUUGCUCAAAUUGUGAACCUUGUCUUAUGCGCUUCAUGUUACGCUUUUUGAAUAGUUUGCAUAUUGCAAUAUGGUAUUUUAUUCUAACAGUCCUAUAAUAUGUUUGUCAUAUCCUUGUCUUUGGUUCAGCAUCUGUUUGA